CAUGGCUAGCGAUAAAAAGUGACGCCCUGAAUUUAUUUUAUAGAAGACCAAUUGAGCUAACAGCCCAGUCUUGCUGCAGCAGCGUGUGCAGAAGCAACAAAAUAUUUUUCCGAGCUCAGUGUUUAAAAAAGAAGAAGAAAUAAUUGGAAAUAUUUAAAUGCAGAAUAAAAGUGCUUGAUUUGCAAAACUAUGUCGUCCAGCAGGAUAACAACGCUAUCCUGUCGCGCCGCACUGCUCUUACAGUUGUUGAUAUUUAUAAUUGUUCUUGAAGAACCCGCUGAUGGUUUCGUUAACUCACCCAAAAUCAUAACCAAAGACGGCAAUCUCAUUGUGGAAUCUGGACUUAAUCGCAACAUAACCUUUCACCUCGCUGGCACUUCACGCAUUAACAUCAACGAUGAAUAUGAUUUACUGGACCUGCUGCUGUUGAAUGGCAACUCUAAUAGCUCCGCAUCGAGACGUAACAAGGACAUCAUUGAGGUGGAUAGCUUAGCGCAACUCUCCAAUGAGUUGACCUCGCUGCGGUUAUAUGUCUAUGGCGCAAAUGGUUUGAGUAAACGUUACAAUACAAUGGUGAACAGAACGCGUAUGAACAAUCAAUCACUCCGUCGCUUCCAAACGCGUUUACAGCGCGUCGAACGAAAAGUGCAGACCCUGUCGAAUCGCCUUGAAUUGGAUAGCUGCAAGAGUAAUCCAUGUGAGAAUGGUGGAUCUUGCAUAAAUAUUUUUGGAAGUUUCAUUUGUAAAUGCACCAAAAACUUUGAGGGCGCCACCUGUCAGAACGAUGUCAAUGAGUGUGCUCUCUAUGCCGGCACAGAUUUGGGUUGUCAAAAUGGUGGACAAUGUGUUAAUCAACAUGGCGGAUAUAAUUGCAUAUGCACAGCCGGUUGGUAUGGUAUACAUUGUACCCAGAGAAAGGGUGAUUGCAUGCAAUCUUCAACAUGGGAGCUCUGUGGUCACGGUACAUGUGUGAGUAGCAACGAUGAUUUUGGUUAUAAGUGUAUCUGUGAUAUGGGUUGGAAAACGAAUGGUCUUACACCGUCUUGUACGGUCGAUGUAGACGAAUGCAAUGAGUCGCAUCCACCCUGUGAAACGAAAUGUAUUAAUUUACCUGGUUCAUUUACGUGCGCUCCCUGUGCCGCGGGCUUGACAGGCAACGGUGUAAAUUGUCGAGAUAUUAAUGAAUGCGAGCUACAAAAUGGCGGUUGCAGUAUGAGUCCACGCGUGGCCUGUAUUAAUACCUAUGGUUCUUAUCAUUGCGGAGACUGUCCACUCGGUUGGCUUGGUGAUGGACGGACUUGUGAGCGGCGCAGUGGGAGUAUUGAUAGCAACGGUGGUACCGCAACGAGUUGUGCGCUCAGCAACUACUGCCAUCCGCUGGCGAAAUGUACCGAAGUCUCCAAUACAGUAGUUUGUUCUUGUCCACCGGGUAUGGUGGGCAGUGGUGUGGGCUUGAAUGGUUGCGUACAAAGUACACAACAGAACUGUGCUAUGAUGCCGUGUCGGAAUGGCGGAACUUGUGUCGAUUCCGGUAGCAAAUUUAUUUGCAUUUGCCCCAUGGGUUACCUGGGUCCAACCUGUACGGAAAUGGUGGCGAGCCCAUGCAUACCGAAUCCUUGUCAUAAUAAUGGACGCUGUCGCUCCACUGGUGGUACACAAUUCGAAUGUCAAUGUACGAUCGGAUUCAGUGGUCGUUUGUGUGAUAAUCGUUACAGUCGUUGUGGCGGUAUACUAUCCGGUAUGACUGGACAUCUGAAGUAUCCAGAAGGUUCGGUUUAUGAUCACUUGUCUCAAUGCGCUUGGGUUAUACGCACAAAUGUGUCGCUCGUGUUGAAUGUAACAUUUAAUGCUUUCGAAUUGGAAGAUUCUACAGAAUGCCGCUUCGAUUGGUUGCAGAUUAAUGAUGGCCGUAGUGCGGCGGCUCAAAUAAUUGGGCGCUUCUGUGGUUCACACAAGCCGUUGGGUGGCAAUAUAAUUUCCAGUAGUAGUGAUUUGUAUUUGUGGUUCAGAUCGGAUAACUCGACAGCGAAGGAGGGCUUUGAGCUGGAAUGGAAUUCUGUACCACCACAAUGUGGUGGCCUCUUGGACGUGGAUUCACAUGGUACAUUAACUUCGCCAGGCUCACCAGGAAAUUAUCCGAAGAAUCGCGAUUGUCGUUGGCAUUUGAAGGCGCCAAAUAACAAACGCAUCAAGUUGACUUUCUUCAAUUUACAAAUCGAGAAGCAUGAUAGCUGCAAUUUUGAUUACUUGGAGAUCAUCGAUGCAAUUGCGGAUACAACCGUUGUAAAAUAUUGCAACUCUACAGCACCGUCGCCGCUAAUGCUGCCUACCAAUGAAGCCAUCAUACAUUUCCACUCGGACAAUAUCGAUACUGAUGCGGGUUUCCAAAUUUACUACUCAACCGAAGAACGUGUGCCGGGUUGUGGUGGUACAUAUACCACUAAACAGGACACAAUCAAGUCACCGAUUGUGCAGGGCGAUUCAAUAUCCUGUGAAUAUGAUAUAAAGCUACCGAUGAGUGAAUCGAUACGAAUCGAAUUCAUCAAAUUCGAAAUGGAAGCAGAGGACUGUUUGGAGUUCUUCGACAUACACCCGAACACACACGAGCUCUUGCUGCAGGGCAAGUACUGUGGUGGAUAUGCCUCUGUGAUGCCUGUAACAUUGCAUUCUUUGUACAAUGGGCUGCGUAUUAAAUAUUUCGCAAAGGGCGGCAAAUUCGAAUUGAAAUAUAAGGCUGAUUGUUCGUACACCUUUGAGAGCCCCAGCGGCGAGGUUAUAUCGCCUGGGUAUCCAGAAUUGGGUAACAUUGAACGUUUUUGUAGUUAUAAAAUCGUCACGGAACCAGACACUGUCAUAUCGGCUAAAUUUAUCGAUUUCGAUAUUAGAGACAGCAGUGUGGAUGCUGAGAAUUGCGCCUUUAGUUCACUUAGGAUCAACGCUCGUCUCAAUCAAAAUAUUAUGGGUCCGUAUUGUGGCAAUAGCACGCCGCCUGUCGAGUUUGUGGCCAAAUCAAAUAUGUUAAUAUUGACCUUCCAAACUGGUGUAACUACUUCGGGCAAAGGCUUCAAAAUGGAGUAUCGUUCAAUUCCGAUGGGUAAAACGGAUUGUGGUGGCGUCUUUACAAAGCCAGGCUAUAAGAUACGCUUACCCAUGGGCGAAGAUAAUACGUAUAUGAACAAUUUGGAAUGUUAUUGGGUUAUAAUGGCACCGGAGGGCAAAGGUAUAAUGAUCAAUUGGAAUUCCUUCAAUAUAGAACAGACAAUGGAUUGUAUGUAUGAUUAUGUCGAGAUCUACGAUAGUUUGGCGCGUGAGGAGAUAGAUAAGCCGUUGGGGAGGUAUUGCGAUUCGCCACCAUCGUUUUCGAGCCACUCACGUCUUCUGACAAUCAAAUUCGUAUCGGACAGCUCAGAGAGCGGUGAGGGUUUCGAGGCCACAUAUGAAUUUGUAGAUCUCUCCAAACAAUGUGGAGGUGAAAUAUUCUCUUCAACCGGACGGAUUUUCUCACCCGGCUAUCCAACGAAUUACACAAAUGACAUUGACUGUAUUUGGGUACUCAACACGCCGGAAAAUACACAAAUCAAACUCGAUUUGGACAUGUUCGAGUUGGAAGCGAGCGAUGACUGUGAGCAUGAUUGGCUGGAGAUACGCAACGGCGGCUCCGAACAAUCCCCGCUGAUCAACAAAUAUUGCGGCAGUAAUAUACCACGGCAAAUACCCUCAUUCACCCAUCAGCUGCGUCUGCACUUCCACAGUAACAGCUUCGUCAGUGCGCGUGGUUUCCAAAUACAUUGGUAUGUCUACUCGAACGGCUGUGGUGGUAAUUUGAAAUCGGAUAGCGGCGUAAUAGCAUCGCCACGCUAUCCGAAUUCAUAUCCGCACAAUGCCGAAUGCGAUUGGCAUGUACAAGUGCCGAAGGGUUCCGCCAUACAUUUUACCAUUGAAGAUCUCGAGAUUGAAGAACUAUUCGAAUGUCAUUAUGAUUAUUUGGAAAUAUUCAAUGGACGCACUGAUACACACCCGCUUUUGGCGAAACUGUGUAAGUUGGAGCGAGAUGAGCAGAAACACUUGGCAAGCACCAGUAAUGAAGCACUGCUGCGUUUCCGCACCGAUGGCAGCCAAAGAGAUCGAGGUUUUCUCUUAUCCUACUAUUCGAAUUGCACGCGGACGAUAACCGAUAUUAAUGGUGUUAUCGAGAGUCCAAAUUUCGAUAAUCCUUACUAUAAAGACCCUAUUAAUUGUUCGUGGACCAUUCAAGCGCCAAAAGGAAAUCAAAUUGUUUUGCAAUUCUCACAUUAUGAGCAAUACGAAAAUGGUCAUGCUCUUGUGUUCGAAGAGCCCGGCAAUAAUGGAACUACAAUACAGCCGCUCGCACCAAAUGAAAACUACACUUCGACGAGCAAUGUACUGACCAUAAAACAGGAUAGUCAGUGGUUGAAUUUCCGCUUGGAAUAUAUAAUGUUUGGUUGUGUACAAGAGUUUCAUCGUGAGACAGGCGAAUUCCAAUCACCGAAAUAUCCGCUACCCUAUCCCAAUGAUUUGGAGUGUUUGUGGCAGAUAAAGACAAUACCGGGUCAGGGUGUUGAGCUAACAGUGACUGAUAUGGAUAUAGAAGAGACAGCUAAUUGUACGAAUGAUGCGCUGGUGAUAUCCAGUCAUGCGGUUAGUACAAAUUAUAAAGAGCGGCAUUGUGGGCAUCAGAGUAACUUGGUCAUUACCAGCUCCAGUCAUCACUUGUUUGUGCGUUUCAUCAGCAAUGAGAAGAACAAUGGAAAGGGCUUCAAGGCCGCUUAUAAGAUACUGAAGUCACAAUGUGGUGGCGUGCUAACGAGUAAGCAUGGUGUAAUCACUUCACCAAAUUACCCACUCAAUUAUCCAGCGGAUGCUAAAUGUGAAUGGACUAUCGAAGUGACACUGCAUCACACCAUAACUUUGACUAUGGAUGAAAUUGAAAUGGAAAACUAUUAUUCCUGCGAAAUGGACUACGUGGAGGCAUAUGAAGGUGCCAACAGUGAUAGUGUAACACCAGCGGAAGAGGGAAGACAAUUGUUCAAAGAGUGUGGUGCCAGCGAUUCGCAGGAGACCGAAUGGCAAACCAAAACUAAUACAGCGAUCGUUCGUUUCGAAACUGAUGAUAGCGUACAAUCGAAGGGCUUUAAAUUGAGUUUCAAAGAGAACUGUGGUCAGACUAUUGAAGUUACUGGCGAUGACAUUGGCUAUAUAUCGAUUAGUAGAAAUUCGAUAUCGAAUGAAACGUGCGAAUGGCAUUUGAGAGCCAAGGAUCUUACUAAACACGUACAAUUCACACCGACGCAUGUACAACUGAGUUCUUUAAUGUCGCUGUCGUCCAUAACGGAAGAGGAAUGCAGCGAUCAGGGUGUUAAGAUAUUUGACGGCGCCGACGAUACAGCUCCAUUGCGCAGCAAGUUCUGUAAAACCCAUGCGCCUAACAUCAUCUCCAAUGGCCAUGCGCUCACCAUACAAGUCCCCUUGAAUGUCACAACCGAGUUCGAGGGCUAUUAUCUGCUCAUGGAUAAUUGGUGUGGUGGUUUUUAUACAUCGUUAAGUGGCAAAUUUGCUUCACCCUACUAUCCCUCAUCAUAUCCCGUGAAUAUCGACUGUGAAUGGUAUAUUAUGGCAAACGAAGGCAAUUCGAUGGUACUCACAAUUGAAUCAUUCGAUACGGAGGCGUCGGAGGGUUGUAAUAAAGAUUAUGUGGAGGUGCGUGAGUCUACGGAAAGUGGACGUUUGUUGGGUUUGUACUGCGGCAAUGAUAUACCACCGCCCAUAACGGGUGUACAAUCGUUGUGGGUGAAGUUUGGCAGUGAUAAUGAUGGUGUAGCUAAUGGGUUUUUAGUUUCCUAUAAUUAUGCUACUCAUAAUGAGAUCAGUGGCACAAAUGGUACUAUAGAAUCACCACGUUAUCCCAGCAAGUUCCAAACAGAUGAGCCGUACUCCUGGCGCAUAACAGUUGACAAAGAUUAUGUAGUAAAGCUGUUGAUAAGCCAUAUUCUCGAUGUGGAUAUGCCAUUUAUUAAGAUCUACGAUGGAUAUUCGGACAUUGGAUUACAGAUCGAUUAUUCGACAACAAAUUUUCUAAUCUCAAGUACAAACAUAGUCUACAUUAAGGCCACGCGCGGACCUUUUCAACUCGAAUGGUCGACACUUUCGAAAGAGGAAUGGAAAAAUAAUCAAACUCUGGAAGAGAGUAAGGCCAUCUGUGGCCAAAAUUCGUAUACUAUUAACAGUGGGGUAUUUGUUUUCAUUAGCUCACCCGGAUAUCCUUAUGGUUAUGCAAGCUCGCUUAACUGCAGUUGGCUAUUAACGCCUUCAAACCCUGCCACGCACGUUAUACUGCAACUGACCAAAGUGGACUUAGAAGAUCUAAGUGAUUGCAUUGCAGACUAUCUAACGGUUUCGACGAGUAAUGAUAUGCAAAAUUGGGUGGAGUCCGAGAAAAUGUGUAAAAAGAAGGAGAACGAGGUAAAAGAAUACCAUGGCACACCAUUUGUCAAGCUUAGAUUUGUCUCCGAUGUAAGUAUCAACAAGACCGGCUUCAUCGCACGUGUCAAAGUUGGUUGUGGCGCAGAGAUGACUGCUCGUCAGGCUUUAGUUAAUCUCACCAAUACCUUGGAUGGCAUCAAUCGCAUGCAAACCGAAUGCGUGUGGAAAAUACAAGUGCGCCAGAGUCGACGUAUACGUAUACGAUUUUUAGAAUCCUACCUCGCGCCAGCAAAUCAAGUGAACAGCUGUCGCGCCUACUUUUUGGUGCGCAACGGUUUGGCGGAGGACUCACCCUUCUUGGGUAAGGGUAAAUAUUGUGAGAAUAAUAUUACGGAUGUGCUGGAGACCACCUCGAAUCGGGCGUUUAUAAAAUUCACACGCACUUCUGUCGGCCUGAGCUUUAAGGCCGCUUUCUACUACGAGGAGAUAAGCCACGAGUGCUCUGAUGUGUUGAUUUUAGACGAAGAGACACUUUUAGCACGUACUAAAACCAUAACUUCACCAAAUUAUCCCAACAUACCGAACCCACAUUCCGAGUGCAUUUGGCGUGUGCAGGCGCCCACACAUCACGUAAUCACCGUUGAGUUUAAAGAUAAAUUCGACUUGGCCACGUCGGAUAGCCAGCCUGCGGGCACUUGUGAUCGCGAGUAUAUACAGUUAAAUGAUGGCGCCACCGAACUAAUGCCAUUGCUCGGCGUCUUCUGCGGUAAAACAAAGCCAAACUCUUUAGCUACAACGAGCAAUGUUUUACGCUUCAAAUAUUUCACUGACAUAUCCGAACCGCAUAUCGGCUUCAAGGCGAUCGUUUCGAUCGGACGCUGUGGUGGCUCAUUUUAUGAGACUCAGGGCGAAAUCAAUUCACCAGACGGUGUGCUACUAAAUGACAAACUCGACUUUGAGUGUGUUUACACAAUCGAGUUGGAGGGUGGCAGUACAAUUAAAUUGAUUGUGGAGCAAAUGGACUUGCCUGAUACGGAGAACUGCGCGUCAGGCAGCAAUUUGGAAUUGCAAGAGAUCGUUUCAUAUGACGGUGCAGACAAUGUUACAGAUUCUUUGCGUAUCUGCGGUAACCGAAAGAAUAGAGGUUACAUCGUUGAGACCAAUAAGUUGGUUAUACGCUAUCACGUAAAGAAUUAUACCCCCAGUAUGCACACAUUCCAACUCACAUACACCGCCAUCGGUACACGUUGUGGCGAAACGAUUACAGCGAAUCGUGGCAUGCUCUAUACACCCGGUUAUCCGCAGGGCGUUAAUCGACCGACGCAUUGCGCGUGGAAAGUGCGCGUACCGAAGGGUAAACGUGUAAAAGUCGAGAUACUCGAUUUCGACACGGGCGCGGCGUUGAAUGCAACCAACUCGUUCGGCCAUGUCAGCUCGUUCCGUGGGCGACUUGCCUUUGCCAAUGAUUUCGAAAUGCAAUCGAUUAUUGCGCGUGUCUCUGGCAAUCCACCUGCAGCAAUUUACUCUACGGACAAUAUAAUGGCCAUUGAUGCCUUCCUCAUAUCGUAUAGUCAACAUCGUGGUUUCCGCCUGCGUUUCACCUCGGACGAGGACUCACAGGUAUGUCGUCAUAACAUCGAUCUGAGGCAUGGCGAGGGUUUCAUGCGAUUUACGCGUCAAAAUGAAAGUGACAUCUACUGUAGUUAUCCGCUUAAGAUGCGUGAUAACGAAACGCUCGCACUGCGUGUGGAGAAUUACGAGAAGAAUAUGACAUCUGCACUAUAUGCCGGAUUCUGCAACUACAUAACGCCAUUGAAGCUGGAGCUGAACUCGCAGCCGAUAUUGCAAGACUUUUUAUGUAGUAAUGAAACGCAUGCCGUUGCGCGCCUACCUUAUCCAGUUACUAUGAAAUUACUCGGUAAUAGACGCAAUAAGCUCAGCAGCUUGGAGUUGAGCUAUAAAGUUUAUAAAUGCGGCGGUAUACGUUCCGUUUACACGGAUCUCAACAUCACGCAACCACAAAUGGCGAAUUACAGCGGCUCCUUGGAGUGCGCUUGGGCUGUUUGGCCCAAUAAUGAAUUCAGUGUAGACGAUAUGGAAGAUCUGGACUACUAUUCGGCGGGCACUCAGCUCGGAGUCACGCUAUCAACGGACUUCAAAGGCAGUUGCGAGGAUCAAUAUCUCAUUUUGUAUGGCGGCCCGAAUCAGAAUUUCCCACAUCUCGGUCGUUUCUGUACGCAAUCCUCCAUGGAAAAUGUGGUUGUGGAGCGUGGCCUAUUUGUGGAGUAUUACACGCAUAAUUACGAAACGCAGUCCAAGUUCAAUUUAACGUUGAAGCAAGGCAGCGGUUGUGGUGGCAAGCUUUCUUAUCCAUAUCGUCAGAUAUCCUUUAGUGAUCAGUAUAAACAUAAUAUUGAAUGCAUAUGGGAGCUGAGCACGGAGCCAGGUUUCCACAUUGGUCUCUACUUCACCUCUCGCUUCUUCAUUGAGUCGAGCACAAAUUGCACGAAAGAUUAUCUAUUGGUGCAACAGUUGGCGUUGAAUGGUACUUGGCAGGAGCUGGGUCGUUAUUGCGGCCGAGAGCCGCCAAAAUCUGUAAAUAGUACAACGACACAGAUGCGUUUGAUUUUCCGCACUGACGCCGAUACGUUGGGCGAUGGCUUUACAGCGAAUUUCGAAAGAAAUUGCGGUGGUAUACUCUAUGCGACCAGCACUGAGCAAUAUAUGCCUAGUCCCGGCUAUCCGGUACGUUAUGACAACAACCUCAUGUGUAAUUACACGGUGGUGCCAAAGGAGGAAACGAAGUCGAGCGUAUUGGUCGACUUUAUCGACUUUGAGAUCGAGACACCGCCCAUCACACGUUGCCUCUUUGACAAUGUCACGAUCUAUACAUACAAUGGCGAUGACGCUGUGGAGUCUGUGCAUUGUGGCACACUACGCGCGCAUAGUUUUCGUGGCGACAAAGUCACCGUAAUACUACGCACAGAUCACUCAUUUGCGUCGCGCGGCUUCAAGUUCGCCUACAGCACGAAUGUGUGUGGCGGUAUCGUGCAUAAUAGUACGGUUAUCGAGACGCCGCAUGAAUAUUCGGAUGGCAGUUUACCACCACAUACCGAGUGUUUUUGGAAUCUUACCGCGCCAGCUGAUUAUAAAAUACUCAUUAAGUUUGAACAUUUCGAUUAUGAGAGUGGCCCGACUUGUGACUAUGAUGGCGUCAAUAUAUACAAGUCUUUGUAUCCGGUAGAGAAUCAACGUAUUGGGAAAUUCUGCGGCAAUCUAACUGGUCUCAUACCACCGCUACACAUCAGUGGCAAUCGUGGUCUCAUACACAGUUACUCAGAUCGUAGCGUCAACUCGAUAGGUUUCAAGGCGAUUGUCACCUUCUUGCCUAAUUGUGAUGAUAAGAUCUUUCUGGGUAUGGAUAAUACCACAUAUGAUUUUGUGAAAUACGUUAACGGCUAUGCAAAUAAUCUCGAUUGUGCCUACAUAUUUACGACGCCGCGUGGUCGUCAGUUGUUGGUCGAUUUCAAUAGUUUUCAUUUGGAGGACAGCGAAAAAUGCCAGUCCGAUUUCUUAGAAGUACGUGAUGGCGGUGGUCCAUACGGUGAUCUCAUUGGCAGAUUUUGCGGUCACACUUUGCCACAGCGUAUGAUGUCUUCAGAAAAUGCGCUCUUUAUACGUUUUGUAAGUGACUCGGCGGAGUCGAGUACUGGAUUUAGUAUGAAGAUUUCAUCUCAGUCGAAGGUGUGUGGCGAUAUGAAUUUGGAGGUUAAGAGCAAGGAGAAAUUGGUUUUAAAUUCACCAAAUCCACCAGGUGAACUUUACGGCAAACAUUUGAAUUGCUUGUGGAGACUCACAAGCGCAAAAACGAUACAUUUGAAAUUCGAACGUUUCGAUUUGGAAGGCUCAAAUGUCACGGGUAAAUGCGGCGGCGAUACACUGAAAAUUUUUAACAAGGAGGAUACUGAUCAGAUCGAACGUGGUUAUGGCACAGAAAUCGUUCAAAAUGGUAAAAUGGGCAGCGCAGACUGGAGUAAUUAUGCGACGGAUUAUGUCUACUGUGGCAAUCAAUUACCCGAUGAUUACUACUCGUUUGGUAAUACGACAAUUAUUAAAUUCCAAACUGAUGAUGUGAUUGAAAAAAGUGGUUUCAGCAUAAGCGCCUACGCUGUGGAUGGCUGCUUCCGCAAUUUCACCGGUACCCAGGGCCGCGUACAGAUAGUCGAUACAACAGACGAAUGCGAUAUCUACAUUGAGGCGCCACAAAAUCGCACACUCAGUAUUUAUUAUGCCGAUGUGACAUUUGCUGAAUAUGAAUGCGCCAAGGAAUAUGUGGAGGUCUUUGAUGCCUACACCAACAAAUCGCUGCAGAAGAUUUGCUCGUAUAUGGGCAAUGAGAAGGCGUUAUUCUCCAGCACGAAUAAGUUGCGUGUGCAUUUGAAAAUGAGCGGUUACUAUACGAAAUUCGAUUUCACAUAUCUGGCCAGCCAGGAUGGUCCCGGUUGUGGUGGUAAUCUGUAUAAUGCACGUGGAACUAUCACCAAUCCAUUUUAUCCGAAUAAUAUUCGAAAUAAUUCCGAUUGCCGUUGGAAUAUACGUGUUCCGGGCAAUUUGCAUGUUCUUUUGCACUUCGAUGUUUUCGAUCUUGGCACCAAAAACACUUGCCAUUCGGAUUAUUUGGAGAUAAUUGAAACCGAUGAUGAUGAGGGUCCGCCGAGUGUGGUGCGACGUUUCUGUGGCGAGGAUAAUCCCAGAAUGUAUAAAAGUGAACGCAGCUCGCUCACCAUACGUUUCCAUAAAACACUCAAUUACGAUGGCACUGGUUGGGUGAUAAACUUCCAAGGUGUUUAUUCUAAUUAUAAAAUACCCGAAUAUAUGUUAAUGUAAAUAAAUCAUCAUGAUGAAGAAAAAAAUUAAUUAAAACUAAAGUUAAUUAGUAAUUUGUAUUGGGUUUUAAUAAAGUGU